AUGCAGAGAAUUUCGGAGCGGCAUCGAAAGUUUGGGCAGAAAGUUCGGCUUUUGACCCUCAUUCGCAACAAAACUGGGUUGGAUAUGGAGAUGACCGCUCAGCCAACUCAGGCGCAUCCUGGUUUCUACCAUUUCCGACUAAGCGCCCCGCCUCUUCCACCUCAUUUGGCCGGCCAUGCCAACUCCAACCCAUCGUUGCCACCUCCUCAGUUUACCCCUACCAGUUUGAACGAUACCUUCCCAACGACGGGCGUCUCCCUUGGCUCAACUCGGGCGACCAAGGCUCCCUACGGUAGCGGCGAGGAUGAUGCGUAUACUCUUGUAUUUCCCAGUUUGGACGCUUUCAUGGAAUGGAAAGCAAAGGAGGAAGAGAACAACGUCGUCGAAUUCGUCAAGGGAGAUACGCAUGGAAGUAAAGCUGUCCCGCCACGUUUCAAGGAGCAUACCAAGCUUGUCUGCGCGAGGCAUUCAAGAAGUGGGCGAAAGAAGUACGUCAAGAAACAUCCAGAGCGUGUUCGCAAAGUGCCCAGUCGCAAGCUGGACGGCAAAGGGUGUGGCGCGUCGAUAAGCUACAAGACCUAUUUCGAUUCAGAGGAGGUACGGGCUUGUUAUAUUUCGGAGCACUCGCAUGAGAUUGGCCCUGCAAAUCUUGCAUUCACGCGGCGUGGACGAAGGCUCGCGCUUCACCAAGAUGCUCGCAAAGCGAAGACGCCAACCCCAAGUGGAUCUAAUUCGAUGGCAAUGCCUCCACCACCUAUGCUUCCUCCCGCUCCCGGUGUCAUUUAUCCUCCGCCAAUGAUGGUCCCUUGGCCAGGAGGGUCGCUUCCGCAAGACAGAUGGGAGAAUCUGGCCCAGCUUUUCCAUAGCGUCCGUGAGCACGCCCGGACUUUUGAAUUUCCUAUGGGUAGCGUGGCUGCGCUUGAAUCUGUCCUCGUUCGCCUUUUGUUGGAGAGCCCCGUUCAGCCAGGAGCUCUCCAUGUGCCUCCUGUACCAGGUCAAAUCCCUGGCCCAAAUCCAUCGCAGCAACAACAACAUGACCCAAAUAUUCAACCAAAUCUUGGAGAAAGUGGUCCGGGCAGUGAUUCUAGCGACGACGCAUGA